UCUUGGAUACGUUCCCAGCCGCCCCCAGGUCUGUACCUACAUAUACAACUGGUUCACGUUGGCCUCAAGGGUUGUGCGGCUGUGCCAGAUCGCCAGCCAGGAUGUCGUUCUUCUCAAUCAUCCCGGACAUCCUGCCCAUGAUCCUGCCCUCGGCAGUUCAAGUCACGAAAGCCUCCGAGCUCGAGGCGCAACGAGCAGGGGCCGACUCGCCCAUGACCAGGCAGGGCGCCGUCAUUGGGAAAAGCGACAAGAUGUGUGCGACAGUCUUGAUAGCAAAAGCAAACUGUGCAUCAGCGGUGCACCACCAUGGCGAACAAGACACCAUCAUCUACGCCGCGGCCGGCAAGGGCAUACUCGUCACAAAUCCGGGCAACGAGACAGAGCCCAAACUCAAGCGACAUGAACUUUCGGCUGGAGAUUUUGCCUUCAUACCGCCGUGGACUGAACACCAGGAGCUCAACGAGACUGACGAGGAUGUCGUGUGGAUUCUUAUACGCAGCGGACCAGAACCGACAGUUGUGUGGUUGACAGAUUGGUCAGGUGACGAGGCAAGAGCAGACUGAGUCACUACUCCAGUGUCCUGCUAACAGAGUAAUAUUCAAUACAACUUCAGGGUAUAUUAAAU